AUGGAGGAGUUGGUAUGCGCGGAGAAGCAUGAGGAUGGUCGUGGUGCGGUCUCCCGAAAUCACGGUGAUGAACUAUCAGCGGAUGAGGCCUCAGAGCUCAUUGGUGCUCCAUUUGACGUCGAUUUCGGCCGAGGGAUGGAUAUUGGUAUGAUUCUUCCGAUGGGUGAGUUCUCACUUAUCCCUAUGAACGAACUUUACGAUGCAAUCGAUGAUGUCCAUGAGUUGGCUGGCAGGGACAACGCGGUGAUUGCUCGAGCGCAGCAGCCGAAGCGGCUCCGACAUGGGAUGGUCCCUGUGGGCAACGUUCUCAACGGACUACUCGGGCAAAUGUUGAGUCAGAUGAUGACCGGCUCGUUGGGGGGGAUAGAAGGGGAGUCCACCUUUAGCAUGAAUACGACGGCCAGCGAGGUUGUUAUUGCUGGGCAACUCCCGAAGCAGACUCUACGGAGUGAACUCGGAGAAGAGGAUAACGGUAUCACCGUGAAGCAAAUUGGUAGGGGUAUCGCACUACAAGUGAGGAAGACUGAUGGCCCGUUGGUGACGGAGAUCCAAAGAUAUUAUCCGAUGUCGGAGGACUGUUUGCUGGAAGAGACGAAGGUUGUCUAUGACCAGAAAAGUGGCAAGCUCCGAGUGACUGUUCCCCGGAACUCGGACAUGUCUGCUACUGAUGGUGGCACAGUAAGCAAUCCUGAGGCGCAUUCGGAGGAGAUCAAACGGCAGCUCGAUGAGGAGGCACAGAGAGAUGGUGUCAAGGUCCGCUUUGGUGAUGAUGAUACUCUCACUGUCAUCGUGCCGACCUCACUCGGUCGAAUGGCUAGGUUUAAUGGGAGCCGCAUCGAGUUGGAAAGUGGCCGAGUUGUGACGAUACCUGUGGAGGUCAAUAUGCUACUGGAUGAGUAUGAGACUGAUGAACUCGAUGCGAGAGAGCAUACAUUCAGAAGCUCCGAGGUAUCGAGGAAAAUACCGAUAACCAAUGAUGAGCUCUAG